UGUUGCCUCUGUCGGUAGAAUUUCUCACAUGUUCUGUUCAAUACCAGUGAUAAGUGUGAUAAAUGUAAACAUAAUCGUAGGAAACAUUGCUUUGCCAGAAAAAGUGUUGCUCUGAGUGUGUUUCUUAAGAAUUACAAGCUGUAGAAUGGACAUCGUCAAAGAGGUGCUCGAGAAACAAAAGAAGGAUUUGGAAAAGUUCAAAUCAAUAACUGUAGAAAAACACUUGGAAGUUGGAAUCGAUGUCGGUCACCUUAUGGUGACUGAUCCAAAUUAUUUCGACGAUGAUCAGUUUAGAGCUGGCAAAGAGCAAUAUCUCUUGAACCUGACGCGGGACAAUACACAAUUGCUUAUCAAUAGCAUUUGGGAGUUACCAACUGAACGUGUAGAAGAAUCUGUCGUUGCUAAGAUUACACCUCCUCGAUUUGUUUUGCCUCGAGCUCGAAAGCUCCCGGUUCCGAAGCCACUAACUAAAUGGGAACAGAUAGCAAAGGCCAAGGGUAUCAAAAAACGCCCUCGUGAAAAGAAAGUAUACGAUCAAGUGCUGGAUAAAUGGGUUCCUACAUAUGGUUAUCAACGAUAUAAGGCAGAAAAAGAAAAGGAUUGGAUACUCGAGGUUCCUCAAAAUGCUGACCCGAACAAGGAUAUGUUCCAAGAGAAGCGAGAUUUGAGGAUCGAACGAAUAGCUAAGAAUGAAAUUUCGCGGAUGAGAAAUAUUGCCCGAGCAAAAAAGAUUCAAACGCCUCGAACUGGUUUCCUGGGUCCUGAUUCUGCAUCUGCCAAACAGCUCAUAACGGCGGCAAAUAUUGCGAAAGCCUCAACGGCCUCGGUUGGUGUUUUCCAGGAAAAACUCAAUAAUGAUAAACAAGCACGUGGAAUUGGAGUGAAAGAAUUGAUACCAGGUAAUAAGAAGAAACGGACGUCAGUUUCGUUACCGCGUGAAAGAAAACGAAACCUGGAUAUUGUAAACAAAGUUCUUAACAAAAAGCCCAAAAUAGAUGUAGAAAAGGCUAUUUCUCUACAGAAAGCCGAAUCACGAGCAGAGCGCGAAGCUUCAAUGGCCGAGGAAGGGCAAGCUUCGAAAAAGAAGGGCAAAAAGGGUUCCAAAGGAAGCUUUGGCCGCAAAAAGCCAAAAGGAGGACAAGGUAAGCGUAACCAUAGCAAGCGUGCGGUUGGACGGAAAAGGCGAUAAGGCAGAACGUGGGAUCAAUGGGUUGAUAAGCUAUAUAGAAUGCAAAAU